GGCUUGCCAAAACUAUUCAGCUAUAGCAGCAAGCCCCACUAAUAAGUCUGGUUGCCAUGCCACUGGCGUUCGCAGAUGCAGAGUAGCAGUACGAUGCUCAGUUUGGUAGUUAACAAUGAAAAUUCUGAUAUUGUUGAUCAUUUUGGCCGUUGGGUUCGUUUCGUCGCAAGUGAAAAUAGUGCAGAAACCAACAAAUGCCAAGGUGUCCGUUUCCAGUUCAAAGUCGCUGACUGCGCCAGUGAAAAAAGUGCAGAAAGCAACCAAUGCGACCCAGUACAGUGUGAAUGUUCCCAAAUCCAAAUUACUGGCCGCCAGCAACGCCGUGUCCAGUAAAGAAGAUGUUGAAGAAGAUUUCAAGAACCAGUUGAGCGCCUAUUCCAGCUGGGAGGAUUCCCUAUCUCUUGCGCCUAUCAGCAUCGGAUUGCUGGGCGACUUGAUGAUCUUGUCAUCGCAAACGAAGGAUUUUGCAAUCGAUGGGAACGUUCCUCUUCGUGGCAUCCUCUACGUCAAGUACCCAAAAAGCUUCCGGGCAACGCUGGUCCAAAUCGGCAACGAAGCCCAAACGGCCUUCAUGGUGGCCCACAAUCACAUGGACAAGAUCCGGCUUUUGACUGCAGGCGUUCCAGACUACAUGAAAGAGGCCACGGAGAUCCUGGUGACGGGUGACGAGGAGCUGGUGUCUCGGUACUUGCCAGCGCCAAUGAUCCGCAUCCGGGAAGCGGCAAACUUUAGCGUCUCUCUGUCCAUGACCGUCGUCUGGCAAUUUGAACGCGUCAUCAAUUUGACGGCCGAGGUGUUGGAAAUGUGCACCAGCGAGAAAGGCCUGCAGGAAGCCAAACUGGAGAAAACCACCCGGGAACAGAAAAGAGUCAAUUUGACUCUGCCGUUAUUCCAGCAGAUGGUUGAGCAGCUGAAUUCGUCCAUCGCCAAAGAUCAGGCUGUUAUCGAACGAGCCGAGGAAGACAUGAGAAAAGCCUUGCAGAAAAUGCCCAGUGGAUGGGAAAUGAUUGCCAUGGAUUUUGUACAAACCCUUGGCAAUUUGUUGACGGCCGGUUUCCAAACCAUUACCUCCUUGGCGUACAAUAGGGUCGAAGGAUUAAUGGCAGGUACACUCGUUACCCUCGAGGAAGACACGUUCACAGAAUCCCAUGAUUCCGGCGAACAGCAGCCGCAGUUAACCGAUGCGCCAGCUGACAUUGAAUGGGACCCGUGCAUCAUCCAGCAGUGGAAAAACAUUUUGGAAAUGGAUGGGAUAUCCAGACACUUGCUGGAAUCCUACAAGGAAUUAGGGUCGAUUGACUCCGCCAGAGGACUAUACAAUCCUGAUGGCGACAGGUCCAAAUUGAACGCAAUCGCUUUGCAAGUGGAAAUGUGCUCUCCCGUGGCAGAAAUCGUCAGACAAGGUUUGGAGUUCGUCGACGAACUUUCACGAGUGGCUCGUCGCCAGAAACCGAAGAACGUCACCGAAGAACAUUUCAAAAAGGAUCGCCAGUCUGACCUGGAAAAUGUUUUAGAGUUGACUGGAGUUAAAUUUCGUUUCUCGACCACUAAUCUGAAAAACAUGAUGAUGGCCAAUCAGCAAGCCGUCCCCAUUAACACGCCACUAUUGUCGCAGGCCCGGAAGAAAAGCAAUUCUAAAGGUUGGGCCAGUCAACAGGCCCUUGCCUCUAGUAGAAAUCGUGCCUAUUUGGCGCAGGCUACAUUGGUGAACACUCGCCAGGCGAUGGAGAGAACCAUAGCGAAGAUGAUUCAACACAAUGAAGAAGCCAUCAAACUCUUGACUGAACAGCAGAACCUCAAGUUGGAAGAGAUUCGCUACGAUGAAUUCAUCCAGGUGCUCAAAGAAGGGCUGGAAAAGCUGACCAUCUUCAAGGAGCAGUGGACCAAACUGGUUCGGUUCUUCCAGAAAAUUGCGGAUACCGUGCAAUUAGUGGCUGCUCAGAGCAUUGAUGAUUUCGCCAACCACAUCGAGACGACCAGUUUGCAAUUGAAAAACAUUUACAAGAAAUUAGUCAUCGAUAAGCUGUACGCCAAGGCCUUGAAAGCCACACAGGCCACAUCGCUCGUCAACGACAUGGCUGAAACUUACGUAAGCGUCUCUGCUAAGUACAUCAUCCCGGUCGUGUCCAGUCUGAGCAAGAAGAUCAUAACGGAUCCCCGGAAAGCGACUAUGGAGCGUGAAAAACUGCUGGAUCAGUGCAAAAGGGACUCGAAAUCCAUCGUCGAUCUCAUUGUUGCUGAUAAGAAGAAAAUCCUCCACAGAAUCGAACAGCGUACAGCCCAGAUCAAGAAAGAAUACGCCUUCUUGGAUCCAGUGAAACGGAGACAGAUCGAGUUACUGCGCAAAAAAACCGAACUGGAAAUUGAGAAACAACAACGCGGUCGACGGAAGUUGAGCAAAGAACAGAAGAAGACCCAAGUGGAAAAAGUUUUGGCCAUCAAGAUUGAACGAGACGAAUUCCUCAGGGAAAAUUACAUUCUGGAUGAUGAAGAUCAGUCAUCAACCUAAAAAUUUUUAAUUUUCGUUUUAUCAUUUAAUAGUCGCUUUAAUCAUUUUUUGUAUGGGGAGGGGACCGAGGGGCACAUAUAUAUACUCGACUAAUCAAUAACUAUAUUUUUGUUUUCUCUACAUGUCCGGUAUAGAUGAAUGCAGCUGUUGUGUGGAAAUUGUUUUAGUGAAAACUGACGAUAACUAUUCCACCAACUCACUUGUUAGAUUUUUAAUUAUGUGUUUUUUUCUACUUCCGAUUUUACAACUUUUUAAAAUUUCAUUGAUGCACUUUUGUACAAUUCUUUUGGCACUCUUGCAGAUAUUCUUCUGCCUCGACACCGUAACUUGUCCGUCCGAGGAUUCCAAUAAAUUCGCACCGAUUUGUCUGGAAUUCUGGAUGGUCCUACCCCCCAAAACAUGUAUUACAGCGGCUGCAUCUGUGUAUCCUUGUGACGUUGCUGAUUUGUCUAAAAUACAUCUGUUGACUCUG